CACGUCACAUAGAAAAAUGGCGUCGGCUGGGUAAAAAAAGUCUUCUAUAUUUUCAUAGUGGCAAUGUCACAUUGAUAAAAUGCCCUUUUUAUCCCUAAGCUUCGCCAUUAUGUCUGUGAUAGUAUACAUUGUUUCAGCACAUAAGAAGAGUUUGAAAUUGUGCUCAGUGUGAUCUUUAUCUUUCGCAAUUUUAUUGUUUUGGUAAGAAGUUGAUGAGAAUAAUAAAUUUAAAAAAAACAACUAAUUAUUAAAAUAUAGAUAAAAAGUUAAAGAAUGAGAUUAAGAAGGUACAGUACUGCGUAAGUCUAAGCUACUAACUACUAACUUAUUUACUUAUCACUACACUACACUUACUCUGUUUUAACACGAGAAAAGCCUUUAACACAACUCAUUGGCUGGCUCAUCCAAACCACCUUUUCAUUUGGCUUUCAGUGAACUUUCACUUUUGUUGUAUCACAAUUCAAUUAUGAGUAUCAAUAAGUUCAAUUAUUAUUAGUAUUAAAUUAAUUAGAAUAAGGGCGCUAUAAGGCCCUAUAAAAAUUAAUAUUAUCUAUAAUCCUAUAAAAGCUAUAAAUACAAAUCAUGUUUAUUUCUUAACCUAGGCCUGGUUAUAGUUACUAUUUCACUCUUUCGCUGCAGAAUUUUUUAUUUUCAUUUUCAUUUAUUAAAAAAAUAUUUAAAAUAUUAUUCUUUCAACUUUGGUUUAUAAGACUAAAUUUGGUAUCAAAUGAAAUAUAAUUGAAAGGUCUAUAUGAUAUAUGUUUGUAAACUUAUUUCUUCAGUUUAAAUAAAAUAAGUUACAGAAACUGAGAAAAGAACCAUAAAAUGUGAAAACAUUUUAUGCGAAAUCAUUUUUUCCCCGAACCCUAUGAUGUAUGCAUACCUAAUCUUCACUUCUAUAACUCAAAUCCUCUAAAACUACUAUUAUCGGAAUCAUCGAACGAGUCUAAAUAUAAAUUAUUUUCGCUAGCAAAAGAAAUAGUAUAAUACAAUUCCAAAGCUUUUUGAGCUGUUAAUCGUCUAGGAAACUUACUCACCUACUAGGGCCUAGAGUACCCUUAACAACAUAACAGUUGAAAAAAAGUGACGAAAAUCAUUAAAAUAAUGCUUCAAAUGACAACAAAUAAACCUUUGUUUCCCUGAUAAACAAUGAAGCACCACUCUUCUAUGUAAAAAUCUAAUUUGAAAGUGUCUCUUAAAAAGUUUAGCAGAGAAAUAUCAACAAAACAAACAUGAUAUUGAAACAACGAAGAGUUCGUUGUCAGUGCUUUUGAGAACGGCGGAUGAACGCAGUGUGCAUUGUUCCGCAUCGGAUGAGUUAAAAUUAAUAUUUAAAAGUUAAAACUAUUAAAACCUCAGGCUAUAUUUUAUUUUGUACAUUAUUUAUAAUAAAAAUAGUUUAGUUUGGCCUCCUAUGCCUAUAUUAUUAUUAAUAUUACGUAUAAUUUUAAUUGUAAAAUUUUCAAUCGUAUCCAGUCAAAAUAAUAAAGCAAAAAAUUAUAGGAGACAGUUUGUGUGUAGAGUGUAUUGUGUGUAUAGUGUAGUGUAAUGUCAAUUUGAGUGGAGUUCCUUGUGUUUUGCGUUUUUUUUGUUUUUGUCUUUGUGACAGGGUAGUUGAAGUUGACCUACUAUUUUACCCUGGACUGUACUGUAGUCUAAUGAAAAUAAUUUGUAUUAAUAUUUAAAAAUAUUAGAGUAGGCCUAUAUAAUAAAUAUUUUUAAAGUAGGGCAUAACCGAUCAGCUUUUUUCUCCAGAUUUUGGCACCUAUCUCUUGGAUUACUGAUAUGAUAAUUUGAUAUACGAUAAUUCAAUUAUCUUGUCUUCAGAAUUUUAAUAUAAAACUGUAUUAAAUCCAUUGUUGUGUAGAAUGCACUGAAGGAAAAAGAAAGAGUAUACUGCAAGGACUAAAUGAUUACUGUCCUACUGUAAGUGCAAUAUCAGUAACCAUCACUUCAUGGGGUAAUUUUAUUGGCAUGUUUUGAAACCAAAACUUUUUAAAAAAAUUGGUCAGAAAUUUUUAUAUUUAUAGAAGAUUAUAAAGUCACUUUAAACAUUAUGCAUGUCUUUUGAGGCUAGCUAGUCUGUGCACUGAGUAUUGAGUGCCAAGAUUAUAUCUUUUAACAAAGUAAACAUCAGAAUUAAUUAGCCCACAUUGGUCAACUCAAAUUAAUUAGAAUUUUUCACUAUUCAAAGAAACCUGACUUCCUGAUAAAAAAUAGGUUAUGCCCUACUAUUAAAAAUUAAAAAUUAUGUUGAGUUAUACCCAUUCUGAAAUAGAGAGUUUCUUAAAGACCCUACAGUAAGAAUUAACUGAUACACAGCUUUACUUUUGCGUUUGUACUCUUUUCUUUAUAGUCUCUGUGGAAACAAAACUGGGUUAAUAAAAAUCGUAAUUUAAAAAAAAAAAAUUUAAAAUUGGAUUUAUUUGAUUUAAAUCAAAUUUAAUUGAUUUAAAUAGGAUUUUAAAAGUUUCAGUUAAUUUUUUUCUUCUUCUUUUUUUAAAAGAUUUCUUUAAAUUUUGAAGUAUUUUAAUGUUUAUAAAGAUUAAACAUAAUAUUGAUUACAGUAUUUUAGAUUUAAAUCAGAUUUUUUUUUCUCUUGAAAUUCAUUUAUUUAUAGAAUUUAAAUGAAUUUUUAAAAUUCAUGUUGGAUCAUUGUUUUUUUUUUCAUUUAUAUCCGAAUUCAAAAAAUUUUAAUAGAUUCUUUUUGUUAAGAAUUUGCUUGAAGCAUAUUAAUUUUUAUAAAGAUUAAAUAUUAUAUAUUUAAUAAUAUUUAAUUCACUUGUGGAGAGGGCGAAGAGUGGGGACUUAAAAUGGAUUUUAAGAUACAUCUAUUAAAUUUUUUUUUAAUUACUUGAAAUAAUGUUAGAAAAUUUAAUAAAAUCUCAAUUAAAUCAAGGAUGUUUAUACUUUUUCCUACUCUGACAUUUCUCACUAUAUUCUUUUUAUUGUAAAACAUUGUCCUGGUUAAAAUACUUAUUUAUUUAAAUGCUUAAAGUGAAUAUGUACAAAAUAUUAAAAAAAUUAAUUAUUUGGAUCAAAAUCAGAAUAGUAUUUUAUCUUAUAAAAAUUAAAAUGAUUAUGAAAUAUCAAAUAAUUAACUAAAACAAAGUUUUUUAAACUUUUAACUAACAAUAUUCAUAGUUUUAAUAUUAAUAAUAUUAUAGUCUCUAUCUAAUCUGUUUGAAUAAGAAUUUCAAUUAAGUUCCAGUUUUACACUUUCAAAUUUUUAACAUCAAUUUCAUAAUAUUGUCAUUCGUCAAUGUCAUUUGAUUCCACCAAAGCCUUCUGAUUAAAUAAUUUGAAAUAUUAAUAAAUUAUAUGACUAAUAAUACAUAAAAACAAACUUAUGUUGUUUUUUUUGGCAAGGGCCAUUAAAUAUAAAUAGAUUUGAUGAUUAAAUACAAGUAUGAUUAAAAAAUCUAUACAAAUAAUUUUUAAAAAUUUAAUUCAGUUGAUUUAAAUAAUCUCAAUCCUGGUAAGAAAACUGUUUGAACUUUAGGAAAAAAUGAUAUGCUAAAAGCUGUAAAUCUUUAUUAAUUUCUUUCAUUCAUUUUUAAAAUUAAAUGUUUAUUUUUUCCCAUCUAGAAUCAUGCAGUAUCUAGACUACACAACUUAGGUAAUUUCAGCACUAUGCCAGUGUCUUCAGCGGCAUACAACAGGUCAGAAAUUUUUUAAUCAAUUAUUAUUUAAUACUUAAGGUGGUAUUAUUUGUGUGAAAGGGUAGCUAUUAUAUCCAUUGCUUAAAAUUUGUAUCAAUAACACAUAUAAAUAUGUCCUAGUUCUGAUUAUGUUAUAAUUCUAUGAAUUUAUUUCACUUAAUUAUUCUUAGUUUUUAUAAGACACUAUUUUUAGAUUUUAACAAAAUAUUCAGCAUGUGCUGCUCUGGCUCAGAUUACAGUGUAAAAUGCACAAAAAUAAACAGUUUCAUUUUGACUUGUAUUUGCAUUGCUAAUAUAAUGAUUUUCAUCUCAAGAUGCUAACACUGGACUUCUUUUCAGUUUAGUUUCAAAUAGUUUUUUAUGCCUUUCAUAACGUUUGCACUUAAAAGUCUAAGAAAUAUAAUCAUAUUAUCGAUGCAUUUAGGCAUUCUAAGUCUAUGUCAAGGCUUAAGAAAGGAGGAUAUUUUUAUCAUUUAACAACGGGGCUUGUGGGUUGUUUUAUCAAAGUUUCAAUAUUAUCGACACUGAACUGUUAGCCAUAUCAAUAAAAUUUAUUUGUUUGUUUACAGGCUUGGGUUUAACACAACCUAUUCAACUUCUUAUGGAUCCGGAUCUACAUCAGUGGCGCGUGUUUCCUCUGGUACUAGAAAAACCAGUUUAAGUAAUGGCUAUGCAUCCACUAUCAGCCCAUCCACUUCCACUUACAGGUAAAUUAAACAUGGGAGUAAAAUAUUUGACUAUAUUUUUAAUCAAUAAAAAAUGGUCCCUUGAAUUAAAUAGUUGUUUUUUUAUUAUGUGUAAAGUUUUUGUGAUUUACUGAUUAGUAAAGGCUAUUAAUUUUUAUGACCCCUUUUAACUUUUAAUUGUUCUUAAUUUAUCUUUUAGGACCCGCCCUUUGCCAACAGGCCCUGGACCUCUUGAUUCCAGUGGACGAAAAUUAACAAACUUCAAUGUGACAUCCACUGAGUCUCGGCGGAACAGGACCCCAAAUGGGGUCAUUAUGCGCACAGGCCCACUUAAAGCUGACCAUACAUCGACAGUCUCCAGCUAUUCUAAUCGAUAUCUCUCUGAUUCAGCAACUAGAGAUUAUAGUAAUAGUAGAGAUUAUGGCACUUUAACUCGUCCUCCAGCAUCAAAGCUGUCAACUGGCAUCAGCACUGGGUCCACUUUUGACAGUUCUAUCAAAUCUAGACCCCCAAGUGGGUCUAAUCGGCCAAGGAAAUCAUCAAGCUUAAUUGAUUUGUCUGCUUUGAGUUUAGGCACAGAUGUUAAUACAUCAUCAAAUAGGAAUAGGGGGACAAGUGUAUUUAAUGAUAGGGGAUCUUCAAACGCAUCAUCCAGAAAUGGAAGUUAUAGAGACCCCAUCUCAGAUGAUAUUUUUGGCCAUGUUAGUCAGUCUUCACAUUUGGAGAGGGAACGAUUGGAUGGCAUGUCUAGGACACGGUACACUCCUAGCAUGUCUCGAGAAGCAAGUCCAACUGCUCCUGCUUCAAGAUAUCACAGAACAAUAGCAGGAGAUCGUUGUGAUUCUCCCACAAAGUCAUCUUUGAGCAACCAAAGUUCAAGUAGUUCAAUGUCUAACGGGGUGAGUUUAACAAAAUAUUAUAAUAGCUGUAUUUCAAUAGGCUUGAAAAAUAUACAGAAACAACUAUAAACGUACAAUAAUGAUAGCGACACAAUUUUGCAAAGAAAUGUUUUUUUUAUAGUUAAUACCAUUGCAAAAUUCUGAUAUCCUGUAAUCAUUAUUUGUAUAAACCUGCUUUGCUCUUGUUUUACUAACCAAGCAACCAUUAUAGCAGAACUUUAAUCAACUAACUAUUCAUUGGCCUAGAUAAAACAAAUAUGUAUCUUUAUCUAUCUUAUCUCAUUAACCAGGCAGGUAUGAUUAUAUCAGUCCAACAACAUUUUAUCUGAUUUAAAAAUUAAAUUCUCUAGUGUAGUAAAUAAGGAAUAAGAGUGGACAUGGAGACCCAGGUAAUGCUAUUUUCUGACACAGUACUGACGAUAUCAUUAAUAAAGGGAAAUAAGAUCUUUGAAGUAUUUCUAAGUUUUUGAUGCUGUAUUUAUGUAGAGAGUUAUUUUUACUAAAGUAAUAAAUAUUUGACUAUAUAAAUGAAAAUACAACACUUAUUUUGGGCCUCUUGAUAAAAAGUCAAGAGAGUUAUAUGUUUAUGGCUACUUUUUUUGGCUCUUUUUAAGUAGCAUUCUUAAAAAAUAUGGCUGGACAUGAGUUUUUGACUUACGCUAAAUACAUUUUAACAAUGGGAAAAAUGUUUUUGUCAUCUAAACUUGUUGUUCAGCAAAAGGAUUUUGUUAAAUAAUUACCAAUUACACAUCAUUCAUUUAUAUGGUUUGAACACUUUUCAUGGUUCUCUCUGGUGUCUUUGAAGCACCACUCACAUAGUUUUUGUAGUCUGAGGGCAGGGCUCAAAAAUUUUAAAAAUUAUUUUCUAUUCAUUUUCCGAAUUGGGGUAGUCUACUUCUUACAGUAGCUCCAGCAAUCCAAGUUCUUCUAAAGUCCACUAUGUUUCAGUAAGUCUGAACAAAAUGAUUGGUGAUUGGACUUUCACAGUGUUAAAAUUUCUUUUGUUUCAACAAAAUUCUUUAAAGCUUGUUUUAAAGGCUUAAAAUAAUUGCUAUGACAAGCAAUUAAUUGAGAUUCUUUUUAAUUUUGUUAUUAAAUUUUUUGUUACUUACACUAUAAUUGUUUCUUUUCUUGCUUAAUUGUUUAGUUAUAACUCUCUGGUUGUCUAUAAAAGUUUAAUCUUUUAAUAGUUGGUUAUAUAGUGAAUGAAUCAUGUAUUUAAAUAUUUCACCAAGAGAGGACUUUGGUUUUGUCUAUUUAAAGAAAUUAUAGAUUUAUAAUAAAGUCUGAUUAGGCUUGCAUCCAGUCUCUUAUCGAUUAAUAAUUUUAUUCUAGAUUAUAUUUAAAAAAUGUAAACCAUUUUAUUAGAUUAUAUAAAUGUGCUACUUCGCACCAACCUUAUAUUCUAUUGAAAUCUAAUUAUAAAUAUGUCUUUGCCAUUGAUUACACAUUUAGAAUAAUAAUAAUUACCUAUUCAUUUAUUUUCAAAAUGUAAUUACAAGUAGUCUCAUAUUAUCUUAUUAGAAGACCUUUAUGUUUAACCCCUUCAGACUUUACAAAUUUUCAAAUUCAGAUUCUGUGUAAGGGUCUCUUAGCUCGUAUAUAUAAUUAUUUAUAUUUCAGCAUAUUUUAAAAAUUCUUUUACAUACUUUAAAAUGAUGUUUUGUAGUUUAAGAUUUAAGAUUUUUAGUGUUGUUUAAGGAGUCCAUUAAAAUAAAAUUAUCAUUUAUUUAAGUGUAAAAUUACUGAAGAAAAAUAUAAUACCAAAAUCUUAGACAUCUAAUUUGAUCGAAAAAUACUUUGCGAAAAUAACAAGAAUCCACUGAUCCACAAUUAUUUCCCUCAUAAAUCCCAUCCUUUUAAAUUAUUAUGGUUUCCUUUUUAAGUUUCAAGCAUUCUUAAAGAAUUUACAUUGAAUAUAGUUGAAAGUUUUGAUAAAUUUGAUAUUUUCAUUUAUCAUUUUUUUAACAAAUUCCUUUUACAGACUGCCAAAUAUAAAGAUGGAGGCAAAGUUGGACUACGAAAUCUUGGAAAUACGGUAAAGAUAUUCUGUUUCAGUGUAUAGUUGUAGUAGAUAAUAUCUCUCUAUAUAUAUAGUUGUUUUAAAUUGUUUGUCACCAAAAUCCAUGUUAAACAGUUUUAAGCCUAAAAUGUUUGCAUUGUCAAUUGCACGUAAAAAUAGUAAUCAUAGUAAAAAUGACCUGCUCUUUAUUAUUCCAAAUCUUCAUUUAAUGUGUCAGCGACAUCCUUACAUUUUCUUAAAAGUAGUAUUAUUACUUUGAAUCUGACAAUCCACCUUCCAUAAAACAUUAUUUCGAUUUUUUUUUCCAAAACUUAAAACCCGAGAAAAAAAAGGGAAAUUUCAAACAUUAUAUAUAUAAAGACCUUCAGAGGGUGUUUCCAUCUGUGAGCUCAUAGGGUGGAUGGUCAAGCAAUGCUUAUCAUAACUUUAAAGAUAUUUCUGUAUUUAAACUUGUAAAGCUGGCUAAUCAGGAAACUACUUUGUAAUCACUUUGUUAAUUCAUGGGUUAGAUGAUGGAUGCUGAAAACAAAUGAAAUAUGUUCUUUUACUGUAUUUAGAUUAAAUUCUCUAUGUCCUAAAUUCAGUUUUUAACAAGAUUAGGUCUUACAAAAGAAUCCUUUUUUAAAAUGCAAAUUCAUCUUAUUCCCAUGCAGGGGACAUAUUUGUUUCAUUAUAUUUUUUAAAAGCAAGUUAUAUAAAAAAAAAAGGCUAUGUCUCUAUUAAACGUCAUUCAAUUUUCUCUUAAUGAAUCAUCUUGUCAUGAAUAAAAAUGUAGGCUGAUAUCAUGUAAAUUGUUCAUUGCAGUGUUUUAUGAACAGUGUCCUCCAGUGCCUCAGCAAUACCCGACUACUCCUGGAGUGGUGUUUAGAUGAAAAGUACCACCUGGAUAUCAACACCUCUACCAGCAACAUGAAAGGGAUUCUUAUUAAAGGUCUACACCUAUACUUUAAACAUAUACAUUAAUCUGUUUGCUUCUGUUAAGUUACUAAUCAUUUUGUUAGAAAAUGUCUACCUUUUUCUACUAAACAUGUAAAAUUAAUAUAUUACAGUGUAGGUAGUGGAGACAUAGAGGCAUACUGAUUGUUUUAGUUUUGUAUGUGCUCUUGACUGUUCGGUCUAAUUUUUUUUAAAGUCCAGAUGGAUAUCCAGAUUUGAGAUUGAAUAUUUUUUGUUAACCAUUAGUUUAUAAUGAAGUAUCAAUUAGAAAAAAAAAAUUUAAGUGACUUAAUUUCCCAACAGAAAUUGUCUUCAAUUUAAAUCAUGUAUAAAUUAAGAAUAUUUAUUUUCAUGAUGAAGUCAAUUUUGUUAAUUUAUGAAAUGAUUCUGAAAUAAGCCUGAUAAAUACCUUCUCCUAUAUGUUCUCAGCAUAUGCUAACCUAAUGCAAUCCAUGUGGAAAGAGAAGGAAGCUGCAGUCUCUCCAAAUGCUUUUAAGACACAAAUUCAAAAAUUUGCCCCAAGAUUUAUGGGAUAUGCGUAAGUGUUCAACAUUAAAUUUGUUGUAAAUCAUUUAUGUAUUCAAGUUCAUUUCAUAAAUAUAUUGCAUAUUAGGAUCAACUUCAAAUUUCAUUUCAAUGCUUGUAAUUAUAUAUUUGUACAUUUUUCAAAAGAUUGCUUAACCCACGAACUGUGGUAUGGAUCAUUCUGUAGUGUGGGAGCUUUUCAGAGCUUUUUGAUCUUUUUGAAAUAGCAUUAAAGGACAUAGAAAUAUUGAUACAAAAACCCAUGUAUGUAUUUUUAGAAAGGUAAAUGGAUGAGGAUAAAGCUGGCUAUAUUCCCCACCAGGUUAAAAAAAAAUUGUGUUGAGUGUCCUUGACCUUGGAGUGCUCAAGAAAAUAAAAUCAACAAAAUGUCUUGCUUUCAAGUGCUCAUAACAUCAUUAAUUUUUAUUGAUUCCAUUAUAAUACUAAAUUAUAAAUGUGGUAGCCAAUUCAUUUAUCUUUCAGAAAAUGUAUAGUUUGCUAAGGUUUCGAUUACAAUUCAGCCUCUGAAAGAAAUUUUAGUAAUUUUAGGUCAUUUAUUACUGAAAAAAAUAAUAAACUGGGGAAAGUACAACAUACAAAAUCUCAACCAAAAAAAGUUAUUGACAAGUAAACAUUUAAAAAGGAACUGUGGAACUGAUUUGAGUUGUCUAACUAUAAAAUUUAUUAGUUCUGAUCUAUAAUCUGUAACUUCUGUGAUUAAAAUUCAGUCAGUCCUGGCCCAUCCUCCGGGCCUGGCUCGAGUCUAACAGUAGGCCUACUUCAGUAUCACUAGGACUAGUAAAAAGCUUUCAAAAAUAUUUCUAUUAGUUCUCGUACUGAAGGUCCAUCCAUAGCUUCAACUAUUUUAGCUUUAAAAAAACGGCUGAUAUAAAACUCUGAUUAAAAUGUACUUAUUGUUAACUUAUCAACAAACUGAUUAAAAUGCACUUAUUGUUAACUUAUCAACAAACUGAUUAAAAUGCACUUAUUGUUAACUUAUCAACAAACUGAUUAAAAUGCACAUAUUGUUAACUCAUCAACAAACUGAUUAAAAUGCACUUAUUGUUAACUUAUCAACAAACUGAUUAAAAUGUACUUAUUGUUAACUUAUCAACAAACUGAUUAAAAUGCACUUAUUGUUAACUUAUCAACAAACUGAUUAAAAUGCACUUAUUGUUAACUUAUCAACAAACUGAUUAAAAUGCACUUAUUGUUAACUUAUCAACAAACUGAUUAAAAUGUACUUAUUGUUAACUUAUCAACAAACUGAUUAAAAUGCACUUAUUGUUAACUUAUCAACAAACUGAUUAAAAUGCACUUAUUGUUAACUUAUCAACAAACUGAUUAAAAUGCACUUAUUGUUAACUUAUCAACAAACUGAUUAAAAUGUACUUAUUGUUAACUUAUCAACAAACUGAUUAAAAUGUACUUAUUGUUAACUUAUCAACAAACUGAUUAAAAUGCACUUAUUGUUAACUUAUCAACAAACUGAUUCAAAUGGACUUAUUGUUAACUUAUCAACAAACAUCUUGACCCGGAAGAUGAUUUAAUUAGUAAUAAAAGGAAGUGGUUAUAAUUCUGGUUAAAUAUUGGAUUGGAAGUUGCUAUCUGACCGUAUUUUUUUAUCGGCCAAUUUUUCGGCCGACAGUACCGAAUAAAAAUAUUGGCUGACCACAGUUCAUGGGUUAAAAUGCCUCUGAGGCUUACAAAGCCCCAUUGACUCCUUUGUGAGAUGACUUAUACAGCAUACUGAAAAAAUAAUAUAUUAUCAUUAAGAAAGUCUGGUUUUGUUACUUGUGUAUCCUGAAUAAUUGUUGUCCAUUUAUAUUUAUAUUACAAUAGCCAACAAGACUGCCAAGAAUUUCUGAGGUACUUACUUGAAGGCCUUCAUGAAGAUGUUAACAGGGUUACAAAAAAGCAGGCACCUAUUAUACUUGAUGAUGAUCAGCUGGAGAAAAAAGUGUAAGUGUAAUGGAAGGAUGUUAAUUUAGUAGCCAUCUUCUGGAAUGACCAGUUAACUGAAAUGAAAUCUGUGGCCUUGUGACACUAAAGCUUACACUCAGCUCAGUCAUAUAUUUCACGUGGAGACAAGAGGUUGGGGUUUUUCCACAUCAAUCAGACAUUUUUCACAUGACCAACAUUUAGAAACUACAAUAUUAAUACUUAAAUACUGAAAUGUAAAAAAAAAAAACCAUAGACUUAGAUUGUCAUGUUUCUUUGAAUAAUUCCUAAAUUAUCUGCUGUAUUUCUGAAACAAUGUUAAUGCCAAAAAAUCUCUCUCUAUCCAGGGAUAGUGGCAAAGCACAAGAAUACUGGAAAGCUUAUUUGAACAGGGACAAUAGCAUGAUUGUUGGUGAGAGAUUCUGUCACUUUUAAUAUAAUGCAAUAAUACAUAUCAAUUAGGAUUUGUGUUGCAAUUUAGAAAGCACUGAAAUGUGUCAAUUAAAUUGAAAACCAAUGAUAAAGUAAAACAUUUCUUUAUUUUGGAAUUGAUCUAAUGGAUUUAUUUUAUGCUCAUUAUAGUUAAAUCAGGAGCAAUAAAGCAAAUAGGCCCCAUGACUUGUAAGGAAAAUGUAAAUCCAUAAUAAUUGAUUGACUUCUCCUUUCAUUUGAUAGACAUUUUUGUCGGCCAACUGAAAAGUGAGCUAAAAUUCUCUCAAUGCAGCCAUCGGUCUGUGACCUUUGAUCCUUUUUGGGAUUUGUCUCUGUCAAUUCCUAAGGUAAGGUCUUUUUUUUUCAUUCAAGCUAUUAGGCUCCUUCGUAAUAAAAUUUACUUUAUCAAAACUGGACUAAUAUCAUUUGAUCCUACAAGCAAAGUAAUAAUGAUUCCAUUAUUCUAAUAAGAGUUAUAUUUGAAUUUUCCCUGUGCGUUAAAAAUACUCGUAUUUAAGUGUUGAAAAACUUUUAAUUCAUUUGUUUUCUAGAAUCGUCAUGAGGUGAACUUAGAAGACUGUUUGAAGCUGUUUAUGAAGGAGGAGGAGCUUGCUGCUGAGGAGAGGCCGGUCAGUUUAAAUGAAUAGUCGCCAAUUUAUAGCUACCCAUAAUAUUUUAAAAAAUAAAGACAAAAAUUUAUUUUUUUGCUUUUAUUGAUGACAGCUCUAUCCCUUGUAUUCCAAGCCAUUGACAACAGCUUUAAGCUUCUAAUCCAAGCCCUCAGAACCAGCACCCCAAAAAGGUAUGAUAUUAAAUAGUUGAAGCAUCUCAAAUUUAAACUCUUUAAACUGUUUUUUUUUUUAUUUGCAGAUGUGUACAAAGUGUAAAAGCCGGCGAUCAUGCACCAAAAGUUUUUCUAUUCAACGUUUUCCCAAGAUCCUUGUUUUACGUAUCCUUUGACAUGAAUGGAUAUUUCACUGAAAUGAGUGAUAUUAACAUUUCAAAAAGAAACAUUGUUUUUUUUAAAAUAAUUUUUAUUAACUGGAGAUAACUGUAGCAGUAUUUAUCUCCAUCUCUUCUUAGUCUUCUGGCUGGGAAAAUCUUUGGACAGCUAAUUGUCCCACUUCCCAUAAAUCUAUGGAACUGAAACUUGGCACAUUCACUCGUCAAUGACAGCACAUUUUAUGAAAUUUUCAGCCCCCCACCCCACCCUGAUGUUCAAAAAUAAGUUUUUCCUGUUUUUUUUUUAAGGGAAGAUGAAGGAAAUUGAAUGCACAAAAUUAAAUUAAAUUUUUAAAAAAUAUCGCAAGUGCGUUAUGUACGUUAUUUUCCCUUUUUUUCUGAAACUGAAAUGGUGAAAUAAAUUUGUAAAAGCGGGUGUGAAAUUAGAAUGUUAAAAUAGUUUAGGAGCAUGAAAAAAAUGUGCAUUUGCGAGGCUUGUGGGGGAGCACUAAUGGGGAUUCCUAUAAAGUGCGUUACUUGAAUACAUGUUUUGUCAAAUUUUCACCACCCCUUCCCCUCCAUUAUACAAAAAACAUUUUUAGGGGUUGCUUCUUUAGUGAAGAAACAGCUGAUUCAGUGGAGAACACAAAUAUUUCUUUACUAAAUAAUUAUAUAAGAGAUUCAAACGUUUCAUUUUUGAUAAAUAUCUUUAAAUUUUGUGUGUAUAGAUAUACUAGAAUUAAUGUAAAUUAUGGCAGUUGUAAUGUUAUUAUUCUUAAAUAUAGAUAAAUAGUAGCCUUUGACCAUUUGAGAAGUAUUGUUUCGUUAUAAUUCAAUCUUUUUUGCAAUUGUUUCUGUUCAUAUUCCAUCCAGCCCUGUGGCGCUACAGCCCAUGUAGGGCUUUGGCCUGCCUCACUAAUUCCUUCCACUCAGACCUAACCAAUGCUUUUCUUUUCCAUGCCUGGAUUCCCAGCAUCAUCUAUCCAUCCAUGUGCAUAUUACCUUAACCAAAUGAUCAGACUUGAAACGGUUUAGCCAGGAAAGAUUUGGACGGAAACUGACCACCUUGGUUGAUUUUCCCAUCAAAGGCCUUGACCUGACAGAUUUUGCUGCUGAGGGUGUUUCAGGUGGGCGCCGUGUACUUUAUGACCUGUACGCUGUGUCUAAUCAUUCAGGGGGAACGAGUUCGGGUCACUAUACAGCUUACUGCCGAAACCCUUACUCGUCAGAGUGGUUUUUGUUCAAUGAUUCAAGGUGAGCCAAACCUGUAAUCUUAACUGUAUCAAAAAACAUGAUCAGGUCACAUCAAUACUUUAUUCACUUCAUUGGCUUCCUGUACAUGCAGGGAUUGACUACAAACUCUUUGUUCUCUGCCACAAAUUUUUCUCGAAUCCCUGCCCUUCCUAUCUAACCGAACUUCUUUCUGUCCAUUCACCCCUUCGACAGCUUUGCUUCUCUGCAGACACGCAUAUUCUUUCUAUCUCUAAGACUGGCACAAAAACAUACGGGUAACGAUCUUUCUGUGCCCCCAAACAAUGGAAUGCUCUUCCAUUACACAUCAGCAAUAUACCCACCAUCACAGCCUUCCUAACUGCACAUCUCUUUAAACUCUACUAUCCUGACUGAUUCCCCCCUCUGACCAUAAACGAUGCUGCUGCCUGUCGUCCAUGGCUUGACAUGUAAAUAGUUCUGGAUUGGGUGGAGUGAAUAUACAUUUGUUUUGUUUUAUUUAAUUAUGUAUGUUAAUUAAUUUUUUUAUGUUCAUGAUUAUGUUUGUUUAAUUGUAUGUACAACAUGGUGAGCCCAGCCUUAGGCUGGGGUACCACGUUAUAUAAAACAACUAUAAUAAUAUUAAUAACAAUCACAAAAGGCUUCAUUUGGUAUUGCUGGAAAAGAAAGUGGAUAAGUAAUUAAUUGUAUCAUGACUGUUCUAUUUUAUGAAUUAGAUUUUAAAGCCAAAACUUUAAUGCACCCAUGUAUUUUCAUCUCUGAUUAUUGUCCUUUUGCCGCCUUAUGUGGCCUAAACUCUUUGAAAUUCAUCUUUCUUCCUUGGUUUAAAAAUGAUAACCAUGCUACCAAGCUUGUGGUGUCUAUCGUAAACUCUACCCACGUGGUUCAUCCGCUUACUUUAUGGCACUCACUUUUUUUACCACGUGGGAUUUACACUUCAAUUUUUGUUAAAUCCCUAAUUAUGUCAUCUCAUGUACAGAUGGAGGACAUAGCAAAUUAUUCAUCAUCAUCAUCAUAUCCUUUAGUCCUUGGACCGUUGGGGCGCCACAGAUGAUAUGAAAACUAUCCUUCUCCAGUCCUCUCUGUUUUCUGCACUUCGCACAGCAUCGCCUAGUUUUGGUCCCAUCCACUCUUUGAUGUUGUCUUCCCUUCUUUUUCUCUGUCUUCCUCUUCUUCUCCCUCCUCUUGUUGUGCCCUGCAUGAUUUCUUUGCAAGCCCUUGUUUUCUUGUUACGUGACCAUACCAUAUUGCAUAGGAUUUAAAAAACUGUGUAAUCAUAAUCCCAGACUUAAUGUUUCUGAUACAAAAAAGUAAUAUUAUACAAAAAACAUUAUUUUUUUCCCCCACAGGGUAUCAAGUGCACGAUCAAAUGAAGUGGUUUCUUCUGAAGCUUAUGUUCUAUUUUAUGAGCUGUGUAGUUAGUCCAGGCAGUCCAACUAAUCCAUAAUGUACAAUAAACAUAUUAGUAAGUGCUAUUGUAACCUUUUCCGCCCACUUAUAUCUAGGCAAUGGAAAAAUUGAAGGCAAUGUGAUUUUUAUAGAGGGACUCGUAUCACCUAAAAUGAAUUAAGACAGUUAAAAAAAAAAUAAAAAUAAGCUCUGUGUAAGAAUUGAGAAAGUAGUAUUGAAUGGUGUACAGUACCAGGACUUAUACAUUUGGAAGUAUGCAGAGUUAUUAUUCACAGCAUGUUCUAAGUUGUAAACAAAUCUUAUCAUAAGAAAGACAGCCUGCUCGAAUCUUCCUUGGCCAGUUUUGAUGGAUUAUAUUCCAGUGAUAUAUUUAUAGUGGCAAAAUCAGUUAUCUAAUAUUAUUUAUUAACAUAUGCCUUAGUUUAUAAUUUUGAAUGAUGAUUUUUAUGAUAUUUCUGUAAGAUUAUAAAGCCAAGUUUAAAAUGUGUGUAGCAAUAACAUGAUUAAAAAAACAAAAUUGUUGGUUACCAUAAAUUGUGCAUGACUCCUUCCAAGAUUCAAAAUUAGUCAUUUCUCUAUCUUGUCCACCCUUGCAAAUAUACAUUUUUCAUGUAACUGCAAGAUCAGACAUAUUCUAAUCUUUAUACAGAGAAAUAAAUCAGUACGUUAUGUGCAGAAAUAUUCUAGGUGUUUAUUUUAUAUUAUAUUAUUUUGUUAAAUUUUUUAAUAACCUGUUUAAUUUAAAUGUUUUAUCACCCUUUACAAAGUUCUAGUCUUCUUUUCUGAGUUAUCAAAGGAUCAUAACUUGCUUAUAGUUACAAGGCAAAAUAUGCAAAAAGAAAAAAAAAUGAAAUUGAUUUUACUCUAUGGUAAACAAUUGUCUCUGUUUUGUCAGUGCCUUGCCUCUAUUUUUAUAUACUUUAUGUUUACACUGGAUUGUUUGUUUGGUAAACAUGUUUUCUGUUGUCUAAAUGGUACAUCUAUUAUUAAUAUCUUUUGAACAUUUUGACUUUUGUAAUUGUUUUUUUCUGUAUGGUA